UACUGGGCUCGAGUUCGGACCGCAAAGCAUGCAUGGAUUGUUUGGAAGGACAGAAAUUUUAGUAAUGGCGUCCAUCGCGACUGAAAAUUGCAUGUCAAAAGAAAAGGUUAUUUUGACUGAAGAAGAUAUUCCCGGCGCUAAAAUUUCACGUGAUUCGAUAGAGCAAUGUACCGUAGUUCAACUACGAAGAUGGCUUUUGUGUAGGGGAGCAAAAACCUCUGGAAAUAAAGCUGCUUUGAUUAGUAGAGUGCACGAUUAUGUAAAGAGUGGAUUGGCAACCAAAUAUCUACGCGAUCCUGAUGGAGGCAUCAACGUUUUAAAGAAAAAAGCUCAACUUGGCGUUCUUGACAACGCAGAACCAGAACUUUCUCCGACAUUCCCGAAGGAAGGUUUUAGCUGURACUUGACUGGAAUGCCAAAGAUAACUUUUGGCACAAUAUGGAGAUAUAUGAUUGACUAUGUCGAGGUCAAGAAGCAGCUAUCCACGGCCAAACCAWUGGUCAAAGGCUAUAACUUCUAUAAAUCUGGCCAUGUUCUUUUCGUUAGUCACUUAGCUGAAAAGGGAAAACAUUACAUUAAAAGCCAAGUACUGCCAUCUAUGAAAAAGAAACAAGUAUACACAUGUUAUAUUGUCAUAACCUCAUUUGGAAAUAUCUUAAGAGCCCAAUGUGGCUGUCCAGCAGGGGUUGAUGGCCGAUGUAAUCAUGUCACAGCUACCAUGUUUGCUCUAGAUGAAUACUGUAAAGAGAGAGCAAAAGCUGAGCCAGAUUCAUCAGAUUUGUCCUGCACAUCAAAGCCAUGUAAAUGGAACGUUCCACGUAAGCGAAAAGGUACUGUUGUGCCUAUUGGAAAUAUUGAAUUUGCAAAACAUGACUAUUCAAAGCCAAAGAAAAAGAGAAUGUCCUUUACAACUCCAAGACAUGAUGUACGGGCUCUAAGUCAGAGAACAUGGCCUGAGGACAAGGUGAAAAAUAUGUUUAAUCUUAUUAAAGAAUACCAAGAAAAGUCAAAGAAGGCAGUAGGAUGGUUGCAUAUUCUUCCUCAAGAGGUUCCUGUCAAGCAAUCAAGCACUACAGAGUCUACAGAGGAACAAAAUCAUGAUUUGCUAUCACCGAUAAAGGAACACCCAGUCUCUGCAUCCACUAUCAAGGAAAGAUGUCAACAGGUUCAAAGGAAACUGGAUUUGUCUGAGUCAGAAAUAAACAAUAUUGAAAAAAUGACAAGGGGCCAGUCAAACAACAAUACAUGGUAUUGUCAAAGAAGAGUCAGAAUUACUGCAUCAAAGUGUAAAAGAGUUGCUGCCAUGAAGGCGUCAACAUCACCAACUAAAGCUGUCCAAGAGAUCUUGCACUAUAAUGUUUCUUAUCAAUCCCAAAGUAUGAAAGAAGGACUUCAGCAAGAAAGUACUGUCUUAGAAAAGUACAUGUCAUUGAUGCAUGAAAAGGGACACAAUGAUCUGAAAGUCACUCAGUGUGGUUUCUUUGUCAGCAAAGACCAUGGAAUUMUUGGUGCAUCUCCAGAUGCUCUAGUUGAUGACCCGUCAUUCGAGGAUGCAAAAGGACUUGUGGAAAUAAAAUAUGUCCAAAUGAAUGAAGACGAAAGUUUAAAUGAUGCACUACUCAAAAAAUCUGUUUGAGAAAGAACAAUGACAUUGAACUGAAUACCAGCCAUCAGUACUUUUACCAAGUACAACAACAAAUGCAUGUUACUCAAAGAAAAUGGACUGAUUUUGUAGUUAGUGGUUCAAGAUGUGAUGAUUCUCUUUUUUGUCAAMGAGUGUUUUACUCUGAUGAGUUUUGGAAUGCAACUUUUCCUAAACUUCUUUCAUUUUUUCAGAGGUGGGUUGCACCUGAAAUUGCAUAUCCCAGAAUUAAACAUGGACUACCUAAAUUAGAUUUAAGAUCGUUAUAAAUGUUUAUUGUCCAAGUGAAGUCACAUAAACUAUAAAAACCAAACAAGUUAUUAAUAACUAUGAUAUUUAUUUUAAUAACAAUAACAAUUCAUUAACAAUACAUAUCUUUUUAUUGUUUAUAGUUGUCAUUAUACAAUCCAUACAUUUAGAGUGGAGACACAAAAUUCAUGAAACAAAAUCUGAAAUAGACACAAAAGCAAACAAUGGAAUAAGUGGCUUUAAGCCUAAUAUGCAUUUCAUGGGUUUUGUAACUUCACUCUAUUCAAAGAUAAUAAUUGAAUAUCUAUUUUACUUCUUAUAUAUUUCAAUCAAUGAAUCAAGUUUAUUUUGCUAGUUAUUUAGUAGUAACCUGUUUUGUUUUGUACAUUACAAAAACUAUCACUCUAAAGAUUUAGUUAAUCAAAGGAGGAUGAAAAUUACUCAAUGCACAUACUAUAAUCAACAUAUCAGAUGCAAGCUGUGCAGAAACAACUGGAAUUCUACRGUCAAAAAUAUGCCAGUUUUUUAUCCUUKCCAUUGUUCUUUCUACAUGGAUCCUUAAACUAGCCACUUUUUUGUUGUGSUCUGUCUGUUCUUUCGAAAACUGUUUCAUGUUCUUAAGCUUGAAAUGAGGGAGGAUAAUUUCUGCACCUACUGAGAGCAGUUCUUCCUUACAGUCAAAGCCCUUGUCAGCCAAGACUUGAUCUCCUGGCUUUAACUUAGCUAAAAAGUUGCUCUGUACCACAAUUUCUUUAUCGGAGGCACUCCCAGGGAAGAAUUCGCUGACAAAAUUGAUWACACCACUGGGACUAAUACCUAUUAGUGAUUUCAUGGUGUUUCUUGACUUGUAGUGAGAAAAACACAUUGAUUGAUUAUCUAAUGCUGAUGGCUUCYCCAUUUCAACUUCAGUGCAAUCAACUAUGGUUGUGAGGUUUGGGUAGAAGAUUUGGAACACUUCAGGCAUGUAAUGUUUUGUAACCUCAGGUGGUGGGAUAUUAAUCAGUGGCUCAAAUUCACAUCUCAGAAAUCGCAGCCAAGUUCUAAGGAUUCUGCAAACUGUUGCCAAAGAUAUGCCAAAUCGAUGAGCAAGGUCCUUCUCAAACAACCCAAGUCUUAAACGCAUCAAAACCAGGGUAAACUCCUGAAAGGUAUUGAGAGAACGAGGUCUUCCCAGCUGUUUAGUGUUGCUUGUGUCGACGUAAACCUUUUCAUGUUCAUAACUAAGAUUUUUUGCAGAGUACUAAAUAAGGUUAUAGACUAAAAUCAUAGCAUCAUAAUCUGGAAAACCAGUAUAGAAUGUUAUGUCCUCGUCGCUGUCCUUGUAUUUGUUUAUCUCAAAUAUGCUGUUGCUUUACAAUUCCAGCUUUAGUUCAGCAAGUUGUUUCUUUAAAUCUUUGUUUUCUUCCUUUACAGCUGAAAAUUGUUUUUCUAUCUCAAGUAGUCUAUCAAUGUCUUUGUUUUCCGACCUUAGUUUUUCGUUUUCUUCCUUGAUAGCUAGAUAUUGCUUUUCAAUUUCAAGUAGUCUAUCAAUGUCUUGACCAGAAAGCAAAGUUUCAGUUGCUUGUUGAAUAUCUUGGUUGUUUACUUCGACGCCAUGAUGAAAAUCUGGGUUUUCGAUGGUUUGUUCGUUUGUCUCUGACUCAACUCGUUGUUUUUUCUUUUUCUGUGAUUUGUCUACAACAGGAUGUCGGGAUAUCUCUCUUCUUUUAUGUGUUUGUUUCGUCCACGGAAAGAUGGUUGGGAAAUGAUUGCGACUCAACUUUUCCCCUCCUUCGAAAUGUGCAGAGCAAACCCUAGUAGCUUGAGAUUCGAUCUUUAGUGUUUCGUUUCUCAAAAUACGCUCGUAARCUUUUCUUUGCUCUUCAUCCUUCGGAAUCCUGUAAUAAUGUAAUUCUGGAGCAUUUCUGAAGCUGUUUAGGCAUCCAGGAACACAACAGUUGGAUUUAUGCGGCAUAAUCCACACAAUCACAUGCAAUUUUCAGUCGCGAUGGACGCCAUUACUAAAAUUUCUGUCCUUCCAAACAAUCCAUGCAUGCUUUGCGGUCCGAACUCGAGCCCAGUACCCUGCUCGAUAUGGAAAAGGCGAAU